UCCGAGCCAUCGGUUCCAGCCACUUAAUUAGAAUGACAGGCCGGCUCCGGUCAAGCAACAUCCACACGGACCAAGCGGGAGUAGCAACAAGGCCGGGAGCACAGUCUUGGAACCCACAGCCGAACACCCUGCGGACGGGACCCUGGGCCACCAGCCCCAAUCUCUCUGGGCCUCAGUUUCCUCCCCUGGGAAAUGGAGGCGUCGACAGCGGCCGCCUCUCCCCGUCGCCGCAGGGACUGCAGGAGAGGGCGACCGCCGAGCACCAACCCGCCCGGGGAGCGCUCCACUAACGCGAGCGCUUGCUGUCGGGAGGGCCGCGCCCCCUCCCCCGCCCAGCCCCCGAAUCCAAAACACACGGAGCACAACUCGCUCGCAGGAAGCACAAAGAGCUUUAAUCCUCCAAGGUCCCUGGGCCCGCGGGCUCGUCGUCUUCCAGUUCCGCAAACGAAUGAAUGGGCGUCGAGGAGCGGCUCCGCAAACAGCUAGCCGCCGCCGAGGCUUCACCUCGGCCGCCUUGGAGGCAACUGUCUCCGACCGUCAAGCAAACACCCACGAGCACACGCGGAGCGAGGCGCCCCAGUCCCGCGAAUUUCAGCGGACGCGCCGGGAGUGCAGGCGAGUCCCCUGUGCCCACGGGCUGCCUCCAUUCAUUCUCCGCCCCACCCCCCGGCCCCCCCCCCCCCGGAAAGCCCCAGCACCAGCCGCCCUCCCCCACCGGCCCUGCCCCUCCGGCCGGGGGUCUCUCCCCUGCCCUCCGCACCCCGCGGGAGCCUGUCACCCCGCCGAGCGAGGGGCUGGCGAAGGGGCCCGCCUCACCCCUGCCCUCGGCACCGCGCCCCGGGGGUACAGCCGUCCCCUCGGCCGCCGAGGAGGGGCGAGGUGCUGGUCCGGCCCGCCUCUCCUCCCCAGGGACUCUCGCCAGCUCUGCGGGGCCCCGCCAGAGACAGCACGUAAUCAGAGGGAGGGGACAGCCCUCCGGACACCCCUUCCCGGGCUUCCCUCUCCAGCAAGUGAGCCCCCUGCCCCAGCCCCUCGGGCCCCCCCCCCGACCGGGGUCGUGGUGCCAGGGGUGCCCCGAGAAGCCCCCGUGGAAAGGAGGGGGGCGACACCCCCAUACUCACCCACCGUCUCCUCCCCCUCAGCUGUUUACCUCACAGUUCCUCCAGCCUACAGGGCGCCGCCAUCUUGGACGUACAGCACCUCCCCCGUCGUGAAAUGCCCACGACCGCUGCAGCCUCCGCCACGAAAAAGAGUGCCCAGCUGGGUCUCCCCUCCCCCUCGACCCCAGCGGCAGAUGACCGCGGCCGGCAGCCCCGUUGGACGGAAGAGGCCGUCCUGCUCAUUACUGGUGAAUAUUCGCAAAACCCCACCUCUGGGACUGUGAAGAAAGAACCACACUGGCGUCUGCCCUCAGGUUGCCAACGCCUCAGACCUGAUCACGACAGUUGUGGACAACCACCCUAAUCGGAGCAGACAGCUUUGAAAUGAAGCAGCCUGAAUCCCGUCCCUUCUAUUUCCUAGCUGUCUACCGGCUAGACCUGGCAAGUCUUAAAGUCGGCGGGGGGCCUCAGUUUCUUCCUCUGGGAAAUGAGCAUAAUAGCAUUCCUCAAGUGAGAAUUCAAGCCCCGAGCAUAGUAAAAUGCUCAACAGGUGAUGUUCUUUAUCAGAGGCCAGAGCAGCAUGACAGAGCAGGCAGAGAGUGAGAUGAGCCUAACAGAAUUUGAAAGGCUUUUUGAAGGAGUGGGCAUCUGCUUUGUUUUUAAAGGAAAGGUAGGUUGUAUGAAAUAGAAAUGGGAGAGGCGGUUGGGAGGCCGGAAGCACCGACGAAUCAAGAGCCUGGAGGCAGUAAGUGCUGGGUGCCUUCUGGGAAGAGCAAGUUUUGUCAUGGGAACCAUUUGGGUCACCAUGCCAGGCAGCUUGUGAUACAAGGGGCCAGGUGCAUCAGUGGCCAGAACAGUGGGUGCUGUCUGAAUUCGGAGAGGCCCAGUGUUGCCCCAGGUGGGGCUGCUGCUAGCUUGUCUGGUGCUUUGUGAGAAUUAGACACCCCUUCUGAGACCGUAGCCCAUGUGAGCAGAGCCCAGGGUGUAUUUCAGCCCUGUCCUCUAGCCCCCGAUCCUCCUGGAUUGAGCAGUGCACAGCCUUUAUAACCAUGCUGGCUUAUGGGGAAGGUGGGUGUUGAGCUGGGGAUUCAACCAGUCUAACGUGGUUACGGAGGCAGUUGGGGGAAGCCAAGAGUUCUUGAUUCAAACGGACCAGAGCUUGAGUGCAGGUUUCUGCUGUCCUACGAACGGACUCAGACUUAGUUUCCUCAUCCACAACGUGGGGUGAUGAUAAUGUCUGCCGAGUGGGGAUUUGAGGUUGACCCAGUGAGACGUUAAGAUAUAACUAGGGUAAAACCUAGUUCCAUAACUGUUACUUCUGGGGGCGCCUGGGUGGCUCGGUGGGUUAAGCGUCCGACUUCAGCUCGGGUCAUGAUCUCAUGGCCCCUGAGUUCGAGCUGUCAGCACGGAGCCCAGAGCCUGCUUAGGAGUCUGUGUCUCCCUCUCUCUCUGCCCCUCGGCCACUUGCGCUGUGAUUCUCUUUCUCUCUCAAAAAUAAAUAAACAUUAAAAAUUUUUUUAAAAAAA